AGAAUGAACUUCCCAUUGUAUAUGAGGCUGUCAAAAAAGCUGUGAAAGACAUCGUCUUUUUCGAGAUCAAAAUGGUUAUGCGCAUUGCUUUCACCACUGAUGGAUGGUCCUCUCUAGCAUGUGACAAGUAAUUCCAUCACAGUCCAUUACAUCAACAACAACUAUCAAAUACGGAGAUUUUUGUGGUGUUGUGAGCCAACUGAUGUCCCACAGACUGCUGAAAACUUACAAAAAAUCUUCUCGGAUUUAACUCAGGAUUAACAAAGUCAAUUGCCCAAUGGUUGUGAAAUCUUUCUUACUCAUGAUGCUGCUGCCGCCAAUGUGAAGGCUUUUUCAAAAAACUCAUCAUCAGUCUUUUCAGUUUCCUGUGUCAACCAUCGGUUAAAUCUGGUCUGCUUAGCUGGACUUAAAGCCAGUCCUUGGUUCGAAAAAGCAAAAGUGUUUUCCUCUUUGCUUCAAAACUCACCCAAGAUUGCAGGCUAAAUGGAGGCCACUGCAGGGCACUUGAAACAAAAAAAUUUGUUUAAAGGGCCCCUCCAUAAAAUUCAAAGCUUUGUCAAGACACGCUGAAAUAGUAUGUUUUUUUGCUUAAAGUCAAUUUUAGAUUCGAAGCCUAUUCUUCUGUACAUACAAAGAAAAGGAAAGAAAAAUGAAUUCCCUGACAAGCAGAAUACCUGGUGGAGAGAAAUUCCUAAUGAAUCCAUUUUUGAAAUCUGGCAGAAAGUUUUGCCCUUGAUGAGAUGUCUUAAUGACGCAAUCAACACCUUGUCUGUUGAAGACAAGCCAUCAAUUCAUAAAGUCAUUCCCGAAGUGUUUAACUUGCACAAAAUCUUCUCUGACAGCAUGACAGAAGAAAACACAGAAGAUGUGAAGAACUACUGUGCAGCUGUUUGGUCCAAGCUUGAAGAAAAGUUUAAAAAUCAUGGCUGCGAUGAGAAAGCUUUUGCUGAAGCCAACUUUUUAGAUCCACGUUACCGUGGUUUGGCUCUACGUCAAUUCUCCCCGGCAUUAUUCAAAAAGGUCGAACGAGAAAUUAUUAAUGAACAUUCUUACUACGAAGAAUGGACCUCUGCAACACGUCUAGAGGUUUUUGAGGAGUUUUCCCGUCAAAACAAUCCCCUUUAUGAAGCCUGCAGAGGCGAAGAAAAAGCAACAGACCCAAUGGUUGGAGCUGAAAAGAAACCUCUUAUUUUAAUGGAGUGGGAAGCUUUUUCAAAAGUCAAAGUGCCAAAAGAUACUGAUGUCCUUUGCUGGUGGAAGCAAAAUGAAUUUCGAUUUCCACUUUUGUCUACAUCUGCUUGUGCUGUGCUCUCCGUCCUAGCAUCUUCUGCAGCAUCAGAACGAGUUUUCUCAGAAGCAGGAAAUAUUGUAACUCCACUACGAAGUCGUUUGGACCCAACUAAUGUGGCUCGUCUGGUGUAUAUACAUCACAACAGCAGCAAAGUCAUAAUUCAGUGGGAUUUACAACUUGAAUUAGGAAAUAUCCUAUCUUAUUUUGAUACAAAGUAUCAAGAAGAGUAAAAAUGCUGAAACAAUGUUAUUCAAGUCAACUUGAAGGUCCAUCUAAGUCUGAUCAGCAUCAAAGAGCAGCCAGCUCUGGAGAUUUAGAUGCUUCAAUGAACAGUUCCAUGUCUGCUGCCUACUUGAGCAGAACCUCAACUCCAGUUAAGCGCAAUUCAUCUCAUAGCCAAUUUGAAGAAAUUGAUUCAGAAGAUGAUGAAGAUCAACUUAAUCAGGUCUCCAGUGGUUCAAGUCAGAGUUUUGAUGAUAAUGAUGAUUACACAUCACCCUGAAUUCAAACAAAGGCAACUUUAAGGUACCUUAAACGCAUCAAGAAAAAUCUCCAUUUGGCUUUUCGUCUCAUCAUCAUUAAUUUUUUUAUGUUGGUUCUUCAACUUUUCAAGAAAUUAACUUUUUUAUUUAAGAAGAAUUAUUAUGUUUAACUGUUUGAGUUGCUAAAGUUAAUUUUCAUAUAUACAUUUUAAGUUCCUUUGCAGCAUUAAAAUCAAGAGAAAAAAAUAAAAGGGGUGAAUAAAAUAAUUUAUGAAUGUUAUUUUUCAUAAUAGUAAGGCUAUCAUCAGACAGGCAAUAUUUUGCAGCCAUUUAGAGCUUAGAAAUACAUAACAAGAUAGGUGAUGCGAAAUCUAAAUAUGUAAAAAAUAAAAUUUGCAAUAUAUUGCAAAUCCGUAAAUAAAA